CGUUCAAAAUUUGUUUGGGAUCUCCUUGUGGUAAUGACAGUAAUGUGACUCUCUUUGACUUUAUUUUAAAAUUUUAUUUAUAAAAUGCAAAAAUUAUUCCUAAGUUUGUUGUUAUAUUUAUCAUGUACAUCUCGGACAAUCUGCGCGUCAAAACUCAACGUUCCCAGAGUACUACUACCAAUUUUUAAUGACUUCCAAACAAAGUUUGUUUUGGAAGCCACGGAGGGAGGUUGCUACAAAUGGACUACCACAAGGUCAGACAUCAUCCAACUGACCCUCUUAUCUGAAAACGAAGAGCUGCAAUGCUCCUCUAAGGUCAUUGUCAGUACAGUAACCAAAGAAGCUGCCAGAAACAUUGCAGUGGUACUAGCAGAAGAUGUUCACACAAAACAAAAUCUAAGAUGUGAUGUUAUUGUGGAUGUAAUUCAUUCUUUGGCAGUAACUACUACGACUAAGGAGCUUUUCAUGGAAGAAGCUCCUGAGAAUUUUGAGGUUAAGGCAUAUGAUGACCAAGGAAAUGAAUUUUCUACUCUGGAACUGAUUGAAUUUGAUUGGAAUAUCAUUCCUUUAGGGCCUAAUAAGGAGUCUGUGAUAAGAUAUAUCACUUAUAGGGAUUCCCCAUAUGAAAUACCACCUGGUAUUCAGCCCCUUGAAGAUGAAAACAAAAAGGGAUACUCUAUAUUACUUGAGGGGGUUAAAAGUGGAUCAGCUAAGAUAACUGUGAAACUCCCCUAUCCAGAAUAUAAACAUGUCGAAACGAGUGAGGUCCAACUAAUGAUAGUGGCCAAUUUGUUACUUACACCUGCAGAAGUGUAUGUAAUGCCAGGAGAGACUGUACCAUUUAAAAUAUUUUAUAUUAACGAUGGAAGAUUAGAAGAAAUUACAAUUCCAAAUAGUCAAUACUAUUUAGAAGCUGAAGACACGGCAAUAGCCUCAUCUUUUAAAAAGUCGAGUAACGUCACAGCUUUAAAAGAAGGAAAGACAAGAAUUGUACUAAGAGACAGAAAUGUGGAUAAAAAUGAUCCUUUACUGAAACUCCCCGCGGCAACUUUCCACGUUGUCCAGCCUGAAUAUAUCGUUCUGAAUGUUCUGCCCCAUAAAAAUUGGGCCAUUUUAGUUGGCCAGCAUCAUGACAUUGUCGCGGAGGUCUACGAUGGCUCAGAUCAUAAGCUUUAUUUAGGAGAUGCCGUUAAAGUACACCUGGAGGUGACUCCAGAAUUUUAUACGGGUAAACAGACCGUUAAUGGAAGUUGGUUGACUGGUUAUGGCGUAAGAUCUGGAAUAGCGACUGUACAAGCCGUCCUCAAAACUAGCGCCGAUGGUUUGAAUGAGUUCAAGCCGCCGAUAGCUGCCAAAGCGGAACUGAUGAUUUAUCCAGCGAUAACUAUUGAGCCUUCGGAUAUUAUUUUACCCUGGGAUCCGGUUACUAGACCUAAAUAUGAUAUUGACUUGGUAGCUAAGGGUGGAGAUGGAAGGUUUUUGUGGUCUAGCAGUGAUAAUUCAAUUGGUAUUGUUAGCCAAUCAGGACAUGUCCGCACACAUUCGAACGGUUUCUUUGAAGUCUCUGCGGUGAUGAUGCGCAACCACCACAACCGACAAUCGGCCAAAUUCAUGAUCCUACCCCCCACCCGGUUGGAAAUCGUCGAGUUCGUCAUGGAAGCGGAAAUCGGUUCCCCCGUUUAUCUCCACAUCGCCCUAUACGCCGAAGACUCGCAUCCAGAUGGAACCACCACCUUGGUACCGUUCACAAGCUGUCAAGAACUACCAUUCCAAGUACGUCAAUCAGACGUCAAGUUUAAACAAAAUAAGACGGCCGUGUUGCCACCAGUUGGGAUCUCGUGUGGCAACAUCGCGAUGAUCGGAUUGAACGUCGGUACAACUAAGGUGACCGUGACGUACUUUCAAGAUGGUAAAGCAUUGGAGGAUUCAGUGACGGUGAGCGCGUAUCGACCGUUGCAGCUCUUGCAGCCGAGGAAGGACGUGGUGAUUGCGGUAGGAUCGAUGAUUAAUUUGGUUUAUACCGGAGGGCCAAGGCCUUUGGUCGGAAGGAAUAGCGAACAUCAAAAAGUAGUGGUAAGCGAAGACGAAACCAUCGCAACCGGCCAAGACGUAACCCAAUUCCACUCCAUCCAAGGUGAAGACUUCACAGUCAUCCAAGUCCUCUGCCGAAAACUGGGGGAAACCGACAUGAAACUAAUGAUCUCAAACACCCCGAGUUCGACGGGCUGCCAGGGCCAAAAGAGCACCGUCACCACCCGAGUGAUCUGCGGUAAACCGCGGAAAAUCACUUUGCAACCCGAACUGGAAAUCUCCGACAGUCACAAUUGUCCAAUGGAUCUCAGUUCCGGUAACGUCGUAGUACAGAGCACCAAAGUUAUCGAUAUCGACGUGACCGUAUGGGACGAUUGCGGCAAUCGCUUUUUAAACUUUUCUAGUUUGAACUUGGAGUGGCGAGUGACUCCGUUCGAAUCCGGUAUAGUACUUAGUAAAGACGGGAUUUUUGCGAAAAAUAUCUCGUUGGGGACGGUACCGGUGGCUGAUAGAAGCUAUCAGUCGUUUAUGCCGCAUAUAGAUGUCGGGCCUUUAGAAAUUAACGUCACCGUGCAGGGGUACAACAAGGCGAUUUUGAGUAAAAACUCUGUGAAGGCUGAAUGGCCGGAGUUUUUGUCUCCCGAGGACAAGGACACCGAAUUACAGCCGAUUAAAGCCUCGCUGUCAUUGUAUUUGGUAGAAGAUACUGCUCUAAGCGAUAGUUCUUUAACCCUGUACAAUCACCCCGGGAACAAAAAAACCGUCAAGGUCUUACAAGGCUCAGGAUUCUUCGAAAUCGCCCUUAGCGCCGACGACGUAGUUGAAGUAACUUACUUGGAAACCACGAAGGAGCUCGAAAUAACCCCGAUGAAGUCCGGCGAAGUGAUCAUACAACUGUUAGACUUAUGCCUGAUGUCCAAACCCGCGUCCCUAAGGGUCACGGUGGUCUCCGUAGGAAUAAUCCGGGUCGAAAUGGCCGAUAAAGUUGAAAUUGGCAAAUGUAUACCGUGCACCGUUCGACUCUACGAUGAAAACGACAACUUAAUGGACAUACCCGACCUAAAAAUGGUGGAUCUGAGACCGGAGUUUCAAGAAACAAUUGCGAAUAUCCAGAGAGCCGAUCAAACUGCCAAAGAGCCUUGGGGCGUGGGCGAAAUCAGAUAUGUGAUAACGGGAGUGGAAUUGGGAGAUACCAAAUUGAUAUUCACUGCUGCAAGUAAUGAUGAGGACGUGAGCAGUGCUCCGAUGGACUUGCAAGUGUUCCAACCAUUGAAAUUGCAUCCGAGAAACGGGAGCGUUUUGAUUGGGGCCUCGAUCCAGUUGGUGGUGAAAGGAGGACCCUUGCCGGAUACGGAAAUCGUUUUUGCUGUGACCGACGAAAAAACUGCCAAAGUUUCCGAUAAGGGCAUCAUAACUGGACUGACUCUUGGUAAAACUUAUAUAAGCGCCAAAGCUAUCGGGGUUCAUCCAACUACGGGCCAAAGCAUGGUGUUUUCGGAGGAUAAAGUCGAGAUUACAGUAAUAGCUCUAACAGGUGUGAAAAUUGGCGCUCCGUUGACCCGAUUCAGGGUUGGGGCCACCGUGCCGUUUUGGUGCUUCGGAUUGCCGGACAUUUCUCCCGUGAUUUUGGGUACCGUCAACGAUCCGCCCAUAAAUUUCAGAUGGUUGGUGGACGAUAAGCUUUUGGCAGAUUUGACCGGGGUUUAUCAUCCUUUAGGUAUAAACAUUGGACGUCCCGACCGAGUAGUUUUAAAAUUAACCGGCCUGCAAGCUGGUUCGACCAGAGUAUUCGUAAACGUGACGAUUCCAGGGACCGUUGCUAACAAACCGAACGUCCACACCCUCGUGUACUCGGCCCACGUUGACAUCGAGAUAGUUUCCCAAUUUUUACUUACCCAACCGAGUCAGGUCCAUGGUUCUGCCUUGCUUAUGGCCCCGUUUUCACACGUGCAACUUAAGACCAACAUGGACUCUGUUACCAGUAUAUCUUACUCAUUACCUGGCGAACAAGUACCAUCAACGGAACUCUUAGUCGAUAAAGCAGUGUACAACGCGGCCGACCAGAUCGUCACGUUAACUGCAUCCGGUUUGUUGACGUCUUAUGGUGUCUUGGGGCACGCGCUGCUCAUUAUAACCUCCGUUGACGCUAAUGGACUCAAACAAAGAAUAAAUCUCGUGGUAGAAGUAAAACCGAUUCAGUACAUGAGCUUGAACAUCCACGCGGCAUGGAGAAUCAGUUUUAAUCAUCCGAUUGCCACCCUGCCUUUGGGAACUGAUUUCAUGUUGGUGGCCUCAUACCAUGACAAUGUGGGUAAUCGUUUCCAUGCUGGACCGACUGACUUGAAAGUUCGAACUAGCAGAUGCGACCUGAUAAAAGUGACUUCAUUCCCAGAAAACGGCACAAUCUGGAUUAGCACCCGGAAAGAAGGCCACACCAUGCUCAAAGUGUGGGCGGACGGGAUUCAAAAAACCACAGACUAUGUUAAAGUCCACGUGGAACAAUCCGUCAAACCGAUAUUGGACCAUCUAACUAUGGGUGACACGGUGUGUCUUUGGUCUCCGGUGGUAUCGGAAUUCAAUACCCCCGGAGUGUGGAAGAGCAGCGACUCGAAACUGGUCGAAAUUAAUCCGGCAUUGGACAUUGCGUUUGUGGGCAACAAAGUGGGAACUGUCACGUUGACCCACUCGUUGUUAAUGUCCGCCCCGAUACAUUUACCGAUUAUACCAGUGUACGCGAUCGAGUUCUUGACAACGCCGAAUUUUGUGCUCACCAACGGUGAUGAGAGCGAUACCAGGUUUGUUUUGGUGUUACAAAGCCAGAAGAGUAUGGGGAUUAAGACGAAUAACUUGAUACAAGGUUGGAGAUGCAGAGCCGAUGUGAGAAAACUCGUACGGCCUCAGGGCUUCACUUGCUUUAUGAAAUUUUCGAAUACAUCUUCCAUCAUCCAGGCCGAAGACUUAUACAACAUCACCAACAGCUGGGUGCCUGAAACAGGUCAAUACGCAUGCAAACUGGUGAACAACAUGUACAACAACUCGGACGUGGCCCUCCUGCAAACCAACUUGACUUUAUGGGCGGUGACUGAUGAUGGCGGCGUUUCUUCCGAUAUGCAAACGAUCAAAUUUUUACCGGGAGUAUAUGUUGAGCAGAUUUUGUUCUUAGACGAGAUCAGAAAUUCCGCGGAAUUAAGCGUGAAGGGACUUCCCGAGGUUUUGGAUCAAAUGACGGUUACGCCGUCUGAUACCACCAUUCUGUUUGUAACCCCAUUAAAAUCUAACGAAGCAUUUUUAAAGAAAUAUAAAGUACAAUUGAUUGACUACCAUUGGAGGUUGGCUGAUAUGGAAGAUGCCAUGGGGAUAGCCAUCAUUUCGCCUAUUACCAAGCAGAACUUGAGGGUGAUGGUGAAAGUUUCCGGAGACUUCAAAGGGGCCCAACAAUGCGGACUGGCGCGGUCUCCUCUAUAUACCUUUUUGCAAAAUUACAAGUAUGCCAUUGUAAUGGCAAUUGCUAUGAUUGGGAUCUUCUUGCUGACAUUCUACUUUUACUCUACAUACAUGCAACCAGUAGUAAACGUUAACGUGAACCCACAAAGAUCGGCCACGACGAGCACAACCUGCGCAGCGAACAGAUACAUGGCGCAGCAACAAAGAUACGGAGCGAAUUUAUCGCCGGUGCUGCGCACUUCUCCGAACACUUCUGGACAAAGCACCAGCCAGACUCCCUGUAAAUUCAACUGUUCUUGCCGGAGACACGGCGGCGCCCGGGAGCCGGUCUAUGGGGAUCCCAGCUCGUUCUAUAAUAGCAGUUCGGCGUCGCCGUCUUGUCGCAGCAGACGAUUUUAAAUUAUCCAUCAAUUUCAAUAACUGCCAUAUAAGUCUGACUUUGUCUCGAGAGUGUGUAUAAUUUUUGUUGUAAAUUUUGGAUGUGUUUUUAUUCUCAGGGAAUGUACCUUUUAUUUUGAUAAUAAAAGUUUUUUGUACAUA